GAGCGAGAGGCGACAGAUGCGCGUCUUGUGUUUUUCGGAUUUUGCGGCGCGCAGGACGUUUCUUUUAUAUUUAAAAUCUACUUUUUGUAAACAACAAUGACUUUGUUUAUGUACGCGUGUGAAUGUGAAUAUCAUUUCAAGUCGACGUGGUUAAUAAACUGAAUCGCGGUAUACCUGUGACGAACCAAACAAAGUGUCGUUAUGACUGGAGGUGUUGGUUGCAUUAGCAGUGCCUUUUGUCUGUAAAGCAGUGGAUUUAUACAUGGAUGGUGGUGUUUGAUUCUCAAGUACGUUGUUUUAAAGGCAGCAGUGUGACCAGUGAUUGUUGUCGUGGCAGGUUUCCGUGGAGGAAACUUUCGCAACGUGCAUAAAACUUGGUAAUGCUUUCCUAGCGAAUGCCUGCCUCCCUGCACGCAUUCCAUUAGGAAGCAAGUGCCGGCAAUAAGCAUUUUACGAGAGACGAGCAGUGCGGGUGGCGGGGCGGGCGGCGGGGCGCUGCUGGCCAUGAACGCCACCCAGGUGCAGUGUGAGCCCCACGACUCGGUCGUACUCAUUAAAUAUGAACACCGGUCGGCUGGUGGUAGCUGGGAAGAGCCGGUGAGUGCGGUGCGGAACAUUCCCCUCCGGCGCUCCCAAAGGCUCAAUUCCACCCUGGAUUCAAGGACUAGUGGGCAGUUGCGCAACACGCUCAGCCGCGCUCGGGAGCUAUGCGAGCGCUGGCGCAGCGGCGGUGCACCCGCACCUCCCGCUCCUCCCCCCGACGACGAAGGCGGGGGGCGGCUGGCGCGGUGGUUCAGCGUUCGACGCGGCUCCACACACCAAUAUGACAUGCAUGUCAACGAUACAGACAAAAUGCCCAAAGUGCCUGAGUUGGAAGAGGACAUGUUUUCGUGCGGAGGCGAGAUGCGGGGCGGGAGGGUGCCACCACCGUCUCUAGGUUCGCCGCCGGACUCGCUCACAUCGGUGCAGUUGCGCCGCCGGCACGUCGUUGCCGCUAUCAUGCACAGCGAGAACUCCUAUGUCGCCACGCUACAGAGACUUAUCAAUGACUACAAAAAACCAUUAGAAGAAAGCAGCCCAGCGAUCUUGAACGCAGGCAAGAUUCAAACACUGUUCCAUCGACUACCGGACAUACUGCAGUGUCACUUGCACUUCCGCACCGCGUUGGCAGACUGCGCGCGCACGUGGGACCGCGAUGAAAAAAUUGGCGAGGUCUUCCUAAGCGCGUUCUCAAAGGCAGUAGUGCUGGACGUGUAUUCGGACUUCAUCAACAACUUCUCCGUGGCGAUGGAGUUAGCUAAGAUGGAAUCGAAACGUAAAUCAGCGCUGGCCGACUUCUUCAAAGUGAAGCAGAUCAGUGCACACGACAGAUUGUCCUUCUUCGGUCUCAUGGUGAAACCGGUACAACGGUUUCCACAGUUUAUUAUGUUUCUACAGGAUCUCCUAAAACACACGCCACCCGGUCACUCCGACAGAGUGGCUUUACAGCGUGCUUUGACAAGACUGGAAGCGCUAGCCGAAGCCUUGAAUGAAAGAAAACGGGACGCCGAAAGGACCCAGGCUUUCCGAGCAGCAUUAAGAAGACUGACACGAGGUGGCGUUGCGGGUGCAGGCGGCGCGGGAGGGGCAGCUCGGUUCGGCGCUGCGAGGCUUCUGGCUUCACGAGCUGACAAACGUCACUUGCUAAGGCAGGACGAUCUCGUGCAACUGGAGUUCAACCAAUGCGGCGGUAUCUCAAAAUGCAAGCCUCGUCGCUUGUUGCUGCUCAACGACCUCGUGGUGUGCGUGUCAGUGGGCGCGGGCGGCGACGACGCCGAGCGGCUGGGCCUUAAGUGGGCUCAUCCCGUGCAAGAUGUGGAAGUCCUCGACACUGGGACUUCACCCACGCUCAGCCGAGUGCUCGCUCAAGGAAUGAACCGCAGCGGUAGCCUGCGGUCAAAUUCUAGUAGCAGCGGGCACAGCAACACGUCGACCGGGGACUCUCUAUGCAACGAAAUGUCAGCGCUAAUGCACGACUACGAAACUGUAUCGCGUAUUGCUGACUUGGCCGCUUCGCUCAAGACCCCCUACGCCGAACUCGCCCCUGAGAUGUUUAGAGCGCUAUUGCAGAAUAUACAGAAGAGUAUACAGAAAAAAGAUGACGAAAUGGCAUGGGUAGACUCAUGCUGUUUACAACUAACAAUCCGCGGUCGCGAGGAGCCCGUGACGUUCCGCGCCAGCGAGCCCGGCGCUCGUCUUGCGUGGGCCACAGAGUUGCGAUUGGCGCAACUAGCGCAGGCGUCAGCAAAUUCCCCCGCAUGGCGGCUGCCCGCACCGCAACAGGCACCUGCGCAUAAAAUGCCUCUCUUCGUCGCUGCUACACCUGUGUAUUCUUCUAAACAUUUGACUGAGGUGCGGUGCGGUUGCUUCUACACGUCGUCGGGUAGUCCGCGCGGUGCGUCGAUGCGUCGCGCGCGUUCUCUGCUGUGGCUGUGCGCGGCGGGCAGCGGCGACAGUCACGUGGCCGUGCUCACACAUCGCGCCGCCAAACUGAAGACACUCGUCACGCUCGACCUGCCUGACACCAAGGUGACGUCAAUGGAGUAUGCAAAAGGAGUUCGACAAGUGACCACGCUGUGCGGCGACACAGUAUGGCUCGGCACCGAAGACAAAAAAAUUAUCAUAUUCUCCGGGGUCGAACCAGAAAAGCAAGAAAAACUGAUUGAAGUUCCCACCAUAGCAGCGGUUACGCAAAUACGGUACCAUUGUGAUUCAAUGUUCGUGGGACUUUCCAACGGUAGAGUUUCAGUAUACAGAAGGAACCACGACGACUCUUGGGCUUUACAAGAACCAUUAGCUAUCGAACUCGGCGAUAAACCGGUUCACUGCGUUCUACCAGUCGACGGAAUCAUCUAUGCUACUUGCGCGAAGAGAGUAUUCGCCAUCAACGCCCUCACGGCUGAAAUUAUGCGCAUAUUAGAGUUAAAAGGCGAAGGCGACCGCUCAGUUAAGUACUUGGCCCAUUCAGGUGUCGGUUUGUGGACAGCAUUCUCAGACUCCACUUAUGUGAGUCUGUAUCAUGCUGAGACUUUUGAACAUCUUCAAAAUAUUGAUAUCGCUGCCGAUGUUGCCAAAACCAUCGGCGCCAGAGAAGGCAGUAAACCCGCUUACGUAUCGACAUUAUUAGCUGGUCAAGGCUUGCUCUGGGUCGGUACGACAGCUGGUGUCACAGUCACAGUGCCACUGCCAAAACUUGAAGGCUUGCCGUUGAUCGGAGGCCACAUCGCUGUAUCAUAUCACGCUCACGCAGGCCCAGUCACGUUCCUACUCUCUCUGUUGCCAGAAUCUCGUGAAGUUGACGUCAAUGUAGUACGCAGGAAUCUUUCAAAUGUCCGCGCACUGGCAGAGACCACUCAUGAAGAAGAAACAAAGGAAGAUGAUAAACCAAAACUAGAGAGACGGAUAUCGGAAGAACUAAGUCCAUACCGACCACAACGAGUGCAGUCCGCCGUUGUGCGUCGUAAGAAACCAGGAGACGUUCGACUCAGUAAGACUUUACCAAAAUGUGCCAACCUGAACGCCUGUGACGUUUAUGGCCUUUUUGGCGAUCUGAUGUUCGUCAAAGACUGCGUGGGCGAGGCAGACGUGAACGGCUCAGGAGGAGAAGCGCUACGGCGCAGCGACCCGGAACUUGCUGCAAUUCCAUUCAGAGUGAGCACUUUGGACAGACGUCUACGGAUGCGAGCGGGACGACCGAGAAGUUUAGAUUUAUCGAGCUGGUCCGUUGAUUCUCGCGCCUCCAGUCUUUGCACAUCCUCCGGUAGCGAAGAGUCGAUGGCACUACGAGGCGUGUCACGGACGAGUUCAGGCGCGUCUGGCGCCGCGAACCUUGCGCCUGUUGCCGCUUCCACCCCGGAAUCUUCUUCCGGUAAAUCAUCGGCUUCCGAGAGAUCUAUAUCUCGUAGCGAUUCAGCGAAUGCUCCGGAGAAAAAGACUGCAUCUAAGAGUGUAGCAAGGAGCCUCCGAGGCGCCGACUAUAUAGUAGGAGAAAGCGCAGUGCGCCGCUCCGUAGUCACCGUAAUGGGUGGACGAGGCUACGUGGAUUGGAGACAGACCGCCGAAGCAUCGGAAAGGCCUGCACCAGCUGCUGAACCCAACCCGAAAGACGCGCACCUCAUUCUAUGGGAGAUGCGAUUGUGACCAACUUUAUGACGUAACAAGACUACACGCGUAACUAUUUACGUGACAGAAUAUUCUGGACGGCAGAUCCUCUAUAUACCACGGAUCCAUUACAUGUGUCAUAGUGAUGUAGCCCAAUCGGGUUGCUUGUACAUAGCCGUACGUAGACUGUAAACACAUAUGUAUAUUCCACGUUUAAGGGGCUAUUAUUAUUUAGUAUACAAUAGAAUUAUUAUACUAAAAAACUAAACUAUAGCACGACUUUUUGUACUGAUAAUAUUCGUGGAGACAUAAUACAUACGUAUUUACUUGGGUAAAGAUUUACACUGAGUGUAAAUUAUGUGAUAAGCUUUAAAUUAUUUUUCUAAUGGGGCUUUUGGCCGAAUGUUUACAUUGGUGUAUUGUAUGAUAUAAAGGCGCUGGUGCAUUAUAUUGUGAUCGUUUUUAUAAAAGUUAUAAUAAAAUUUGAGAAUAAUGAGAACAUUUAUUAUACAAUUACGUUGAUUUAACCGUAACACUCUACAAAGAUGUUAAAUAUUAAAUUUUUUGCCGAAAGUAGCUUACGAUACACACUAUGACCGCAAAAACCGUUCUCAACAGCUAAGAUAUUUUAUUAUGAAUAAUAAUCCGCCAUAUUAACUUAGUGUUAUGUUUGUAAAUUUGUAAUUAAUCAUAUACUUACUUAUUUUUAUGUUCUCGUAAUGGUUAUUAUUAAGUUUCAGUUGUUACUGUGUAACUAUAAACUAACAUGAAAUCAGUGGCCUUAUUUCUCAUAAAUUUCCCAGUGUGAUUAUAAGCUCUUGGUUAAGCUUUAUUAUUAGAUGUAAUGUCGCUUUAAGAAUUUAGACUGAUUUAGUGUAAGCGUUAAUUAAACGUAUUAUUAGUUGAAUUCUAGUGAAUUAAGACGAUUUACGACAUUUCGAACGAAUACUAGUUUUUUCUCAUAAAUCAAAGGCUGACAAUUCAAACCUUGCCCUUUUGCGCAAUUUUUCAAGUUAUUUCCUCUAUCGACAACACGAAAAUUAGGCAAAAGUAAAUGCUAUUAUUCCGCUUAACGGUAGCCAACAGACUUAUGGCUGAUUUACACGUAUUAUGUUACAAAGAUAUAAAGUAAGUUUUAACUAAAUAUCAUAAUUUUAAAUAAUCUAACGUUUACUUGUCUUUUAAUGAAGCUAUAACGACUUGACAUUUUGCAAAAUAAAGCUUAACCCACCACAUUCAAUCACUAACACCACAGCUGUUAAGUGAUUGUUUCCACCCUUUAAAUUUAGUUAAUCACAUCGUCACUUAGUACGUGUAAACCAGCAAUUAGGUCAGUGUCUAGUUUUGUAAAAUUGUUUAGUAACCAACCAUUAAAAAAAAUAUAUGUUAACAC